AUGCGUUUCGAUAUUUUCACCCUGGCCGCUCUUGGCUCCCUCGCCCUUGCGGCUCCUGCCCCCCACGACCUUGCUGAGAGAGAUCUCGCCGAGAGAUCCUCCUGCACCUUCACUGAGGCUGCCUCCGCCAAGGCUGGUGUCAAGAAGUGCUCCAACUCGGUCCUGAAGAACAUCAAGGUCCCUGCUGGCCAGACCCUGGAUCUCUCCGGCGCCAAGAAGGGCUCCACCGUCACCUUCGAGGGCACCACCACCUUCGGCUACAAGGAGUGGAAAGGACCUUUGAUCCGCCUCGGCGGUGAGGGCGUCACCUUCACUGCUGCCUCGGGCGCCAUCAUCGACGGCCAGGGCGAGCGCUGGUGGGACGGCAAGGGCACCAACGGCGGCAAGGACAAGCCCAAGUUCAUGUACGCCCACAAGCUGCAGAGCUCGUACCUCAAGAACCUGCACAUCAAGAACACCCCCGCUCAGGCCAUCUCGGUGCAGGGCAACGACGUGCACAUCGAGGGCGUGACCAUCGACAACUCCGCUGGCGACAGCAAGGGCGGUCACAACACCGACGCCUUUGAUGUCGGCGAGUCCAACGGCGUCUACAUCAUUGGCGCCAAGGUCUACAACCAGGACGACUGCCUGGCCAUCAACUCCGGCGAGAACAUCUACUUCGACGAUGGCUACUGCUCCGGCGGCCACGGCCUGUCGAUCGGCUCCGUCGGCGGCCGCGACAACAACGUCGUCAAGGGCGUGCACAUCACCAACAGUCACAUCGUCAACUCCGAUAACGGCGUGCGCAUCAAGACCGUCUACAAAAAAACCGGCUCCGUGACCGAUGUGACUUACGACAACAUCACCCUCGAGAACAUCGCCAAGUACGGUAUCGUCGUCGAGCAGGACUACGAGAACGGCUCCCCCACCGGUAUCCCCUCUAACUCUAUUCCCAUCAAGGAUGUCACCAUCAACAAGGUGACGGGUUCCGUUCAGUCCUCCGCUCAGCCCGUCUACAUUCUGUGCGGUUCCGGCAGCUGCUCCGACUGGACCUGGAAGGGCGUUUCCAUCUCCGGUGGUAAGGAGAAGAAGUCCUGCAAGAACGUUCCCAGCGGUGCUUCUUGCUAA